AUGUCUAAAAAACUAUUUUUUUCUUUAUUUUUGUUAGUAUUUAUUUCAGUUUGCUUUGCUGAAGAACAAGCAGCUUCACCACAAUAUGGUCCUAGUGAUAAAAAUGACCAAGAGUUGGCAAAUAUUCUAAAGAUUUUACUAAAUCUUCAGAAUAUAGCUGCACAAAGCCAACAAGGAGAAAGAGAAAAAGUUGAUAAACUCCUUGGUGUGUUCGGUGGAGGAGGUUUAUUAAGUGGUUUGUUGGGUGGAUUCCUAGGUGGAGGUUACGGUGGAAACUAUUACUCUGAUUACAUCGGUGGUCCAUGGAAUUAUUUCAGUGCUGGAAAUGGUUUGCCAUACAACUCAUAUGCACCAACUGGAUAUCCAGGAAACUUCCCAUUCCUUCCAAAUACUAUCCCACCAGGAUGGGGAUAUGGAUAUUACGGUGGUAUUCCAGGAUAUUCCGGAGGUGGAGUAUUCCCUGGCAGACCAACCGGUAAUAACAAUCCGCAAACAUCCAGCGCUGGAGUAAGCUCUGGCCAACUAGACCCCAAUAGCGGUACUGGUGUACCAGGAUACACUGGUGGUGGAAUCUACCUUGGAAAACAAACAACUGGCCAAUAA